AUGGCGGCUGGCAUCAUCGAGAUUAGCGAGCAGUGCAUUGCUGAUGUUGGAGUAGAUCCAGAGGUUAUGGCUAUAUUGAGAAGGACAGAAGUACCAGACACCAACCAGUACAAGAGAGUUCCAGAGUUUGUUUACUGCGCGUACAAUAGAUGUGGCUUAUGCGAAGAUAAUGGCCGAGUCAAAAUUGACAAAAUAUUAGAUAUUUAUCCUAGCAGUUCGGAUAAAGAAGCCAUAAGAAAGCUGAUGGUUGAUUGUGACAAAAUGGGGAAUGAUCCGAUAGAUACCAUUUUUAAAUACGUAAAAUGCUUCUAUGGGUUCACCCCUGAGAAACUUGUAUUUUGA